AUGGCUAAGAGGCUCUGCCUUUUGCUUUGCUUUCUUGUUCUCUUUCAGUGCUGCAUGGGCCGGCAGCAAACGUCUAGGCAGCAGAAGGAGUGUAGGAUCUCCAGACUCAAUGCUCAGAGACCGUCCAACCGCAUCCAGUCAGAAGCCGGUGUAACCGAGGUCUUUGAUCAUAACAAUGAGCAAUUCCAGUGCGCGGGUGUGGCUGUUGUUCGCUAUACUAUUGAACCCAGAGGCUUGCUUUUGCCUUCCUACGUCAACGCGCCUCAACUCAUGUACUUCGUCCAAGGUAGAGGUUUGCAGGGAAUCAUGAUCACUGGUUGUCCCGAAACUUUCCAGUCAUUCCAAGAAUCUCAGCAAGGUCAAGAACAAGGACAACAAGGAGAACAAGGCCAGCAAGGACGACAGGGACAACAAGGCCAGCAAGGACAACAGGGACAACAAGGCCAGCAAGGACAACAAGGACAACAAGGCCAGCAAUUCCGUGGAGACCAACAUCAGAAGAUCCGAGAGGUCGAAGAGGGUGAUGUUUUUGCAGUGCCCGUCGGAACUGGGCAUUUUAUCUACAACAACGGUGACAGACGGCUUAUUGUAGUUUCUGUCCUCGACACCAGCAAUGACGCCAACCAGCUUGAUUUCCAGCCUAGAAGGUUCUAUCUUGCAGGCAACCCACAAAAUGAAUUCCAGCAACAGCAGCAACAACAACAAGGAAGUGAGGGCCAGCAGCAACAGCAAGAAGGGGGCGGCAGUGAGGGCAAAGGGCAAGAGAGUUCCGGCAACAACAUCUUCAGUGGUUUCGAUGCACAGCAGUUGGCUGAGGCAUUUAACGUGGAUGUCCAGCUCAUAAGGAAGCUUCAGGGCCAAAAUGACAGGAGGGGCAACAUAGUGAGAGUGGAGGGAGGCCUACAGGCAGUGUUGCCACCAAGGGGACAACAGGAGCGAGGAGAGCAACAGCAAGAUCACCUCCAUGCACGCGGAAAUGGCUAUGAAGAGACCAUAUGCAGCUUGAGGCUCAAACAAAACAUCGGUGAUCCAUGGAGAGCAGAUGUCUACACACCUAGAGGUGGACACAGGAGCAGCGUCACGGGCUAUGAUCUUCCAAUUCUCAGAAAGGUUGUUAGAUUAAGUGCUCAUCAGGGACGUCUUCAUCAGGGCGCAAUGGUGCUACCAUACUACAACGUGAAUGCCCACAGUAUACUCUACGCUAUAAGAGGCAGUGCCAGGAUUCAGGUAGUCCAACAGCAGGGCCAGAACGUGUUCAAUGAGGAAGUCCAGCAGGGUCAGGUGUUGGUUAUUCCACAGAACUUCGCCGCGUUCAUAAAAGCAAGGGAUUCAGGCUUUGAGUAUGUGGCAAUCAAGACUCAUGAAAAUGCCAUGAUUAACACUCUAGCAGGCAAUCUUUCUCUUCUGCGGGCCAUGCCAUUGCAAGUCAUAUCCAGCGCCUACCAGGUGUCCAAUAACCAGGCUAGGCAACUGAAGCAUAACAGGCAGGAGAGCACUAUAGCAGCUCCGGGAAGUUCUAGGUCAGAGUAUAGGGCUUCUGCUUAA